CGCGUUCAACGCUCGACGCUAACGCACACUCAUACUCACACAAAACAGAUACAAUGUCCUACGAUCUCGCGUAUCCGCUUACGGAUGACGGUCCGCAACCCGUCUCGCGCACUUAUCAAUAUCGCAAAGUGAUGAAGCCGAUGCUCGAGCGCAAGAGACGUGCUCGCAUCAAUCGCUGCCUCGACGAACUCAAGGAGCUGAUGGUCAGCGCUCUCCAAUCGGAAGGCGAAAACGUCGCAAAACUGGAGAAAGCCGAUAUUUUGGAAUUGACCGUUCGUCAUCUUCACAAACUUCGUCGUCAACGUCGGCUGUCACUGAACCCGACAGUGGACGCCGACCGCUUUAGAGCUGGAUUUACUCAUGCCGCCAAUGAAGUUUCCCGUUGCUUGGCUUCCAUCCCUGGUGUAGAUGUGAGGCUCGGCACUCAACUGAUGACUCACCUCGGCCACAAACUUAACGACAUCCAGCGUGCUGCUGCCGGAACCGAUACUCCACCAGCGAGCCCACCCAGCCCAGCUCUCUCCACCGUGUCUUCAUCUUCCGGUUAUGUGACCCCCUCGCCACCAGCCUCACCAGUGCCAGUGCACACUGCCGUACCCCUGGACUGCUCCACGAACAGCUUCACAAAGAGUUCGCCAGUGUGGAGGCCGUGGUAAUCAGCGGUGCUUGGAGCGGGCGGACCCGGCUCCGCGGUCACAUCUGUUCCAGCACCGCUUGGAGCCGCACGCCCCUCAAGUGUCCGCCCUCAUCCAUAGUUUUAGUUAACGUGUUAACAAGAAAAUUUUAGAUCUCACAACUUAAUAGUGUAGGUUUAAAAAACUUAGCUCGUAAGUUCAAACUGAAAGCUUUAAUAGAUAUAGUUUUUAAUAUAAUUAUUUUGUGAUAUUAAAGAAUAAUAUUAUUGUA